AUAGCUAUCAAAGGAAAGAGUCAAAAGCGAAAGAGGAAGAGAAACCAUAAAAGAUUGGUCUCUGCCUAAUAUCUCUUUUGUUUUUGUCCGAAAAGCAUAUUACCAUUAUGAAAUUGAUGAUUAGGUCUGGUUAAUUUGGUCCAAAAAGCAAUAAAAAUACAGACAUACACUCUCAAUUCUGAAGGUCUCAGCAAGCUUGGAGAAGACUGGUUUGUAUUUCUCCUACCGGCUACCAUGGCUGCUCUACUGAGUUGCGUGGAGUAUGAGUUGUCGAAAACAUCCGAUCUGUUCCGUCAGGCGGGUCUGGAAGAAACGUUUCAGAGAGUAUCACAGGUGUGUGCAUCGUUGAGAACUAAAAUUCAAGACGCGGAAUAUAAACAACUGUUUGAUAUGCAGCUGAAGCGGUGGAUGAAACACAUUGUGGAUGUAUGCUAUGACAUGAUGUACGUAUUGGACGAACUAAAUCUGCAAGAGGCCGGAACGGUACGUGUUUUCAGCCAUCGGUUCUCUUUCUUCAGUCAUCACAACAGGAUAUAUUCACUUGGGGUGCGUCAUAAGCUGAGAGAAAUUGUCAGCAGAUUUGGAACACUAGCAGCGGAAGCAAAUCGGUUCCAUAUAUCUGUUUCACUGGAGAACUGGGAUGUAAGUAGCCAACAGCGGCAAUUGGAUCCUUUUCUUCCCCCUUCUGUUCCUAUUGGCAGACCCAGUGACACACAUCUUUUGCUCAAGUUGUUAUUAGACAACGAUGGUGACGCAGAGGAGGAGGAUAUUCGAUUCAUUUCCGUUGUAGGAAUGGCUGGAAUAGGAAAGACUACACUGGCAAAACUUGUUUACAAUGAUGAUAAAGUGAUCGCUUCUUUUGGUUAUAGGGCAUGGGUAUCUGUCUCCCAAGAGUUCAAUCUCAGAAAAAUUGUCAUGGCCAUCCUUGGGUUUUCAACUUCUGAUCUAAUGAACGAUGUUGAAAUGGAAUUUCUGAUACUCGAAUUUCGUCGAGUUAUUGCUGGAAAAAGAUGUCUCAUUGUUCUGGACGACAUAGGUGGCGAAAAUCCUGAGCGCUGGCAACUUAUAAAGGAGUUUUUCAAUUUCUGUGUUGCUGGAAGUAGGAUUUUGAUAACCACACGGAACCCUCUUGUUUCAAGUUUGACAUCGAAAUAUAGGGUAUCUCUGCGCGUACUUGGUGAAGAAGACUCUUGGGACAUAAUCCAUACUGCAUUUGGUUCACUAACUUACUCUGAUUUCCGUCCGAUGUUGAUGAAUAUCACAAACAAAUGUCGUGGGGUGCCACUAUAUCUGAGAUCUCUUGCUGCUAUCAUGCGUUACAAACGCAGCAAAAGAGAAUUUGAAAAGAUGUUGGACAGUCAGAUAUGGGAGGUAGCACACGAAAUUGGAAUGGAACCUUUAUUGAUGGUGUUCUAUUCUCAACUCCCCUCUUAUUUGAAACAAUGCUUAUUGUAUUGUUCCAUCUUUCCUAAGGAUCACAUAAUAGUUACAGAUAAACUGAUCCAAUUAUGGAUAGCGCAGGGUUUUAUUCACUCAGACGACAAUCACUUGGAAGAAGAAGGCCGGAGAAUCUUUAAUGGAUUGUUGGGCUAUUCCAUCUUCAAUGGAGUUAUACAACAUGGUAUUCCGGGCUCCACAUGCCAAUUAGAGGGCGGAAUCAGCGCUCUCAAUCAGGUUAUUGCAGAGAACGAAUAUCACAGAAUGCUUCUUGAUAGUGGGGAGAAGCCUAUAGAGGAGCAUGAUGUUCCCAGAAAUUGUCGCCAUUGCACUCUAACUAUUGCUCCUCACACUGGUUUACCAGAGUCCAUUCCCAAUGCAGAGAAACUCCACACUUUGAUGAUUUUGUCUGAGUACUCCUCUGUUGACACUACAAACCUUUCUCAACUGCUAAGUAAUUUGAGGAGGGUCAGGGCACUGAUCCUGAGCUCUUGUUCCAUCGAAGAACUUCCAGCAAAGGUGGGGAAAUUGUUUCAUCUAAGAUACCUUGACUUGUCUUUCAAUCAUGAUUUAAAGCACUUGCCUGGAGUAAUAUGCAAUCUGAUUAAUCUUCAAACUUUGAAUCUCAAUGGAUGUCGUAGUCUCCGGAAACUACCCAAAGGUAUUGGAAAAUUGAUCAAGCUACGACAUCUUGAGAUUCUUUGGACAACCAGUCUGAGUUACUUACCAAAAGGGAUUGCAUGUUUAACCUCGCUCAGAACCUUAAGCCGUUUCUUUGGGAAUUCUCUUGUUGGAAGCAAAGCAUGCAACAUUGGAGACUUGGAAAAGCUGAACAAUAUCCAAGGGAAUAUUACCAUAGAUGGGUUGGGAGCUGAAACUGAUGCUUCUGAUGCUGAAAGAGCAGGUCUAGAGAAUAAGAAUGGUUUGCGUGGCUUAGAACUCUGGUUUACUGCUCCGGGAGCCGGUACCAAAGAUGAAAGGGUACUUGGAGCUUUGAAAGCACCUCCUGAAUUGGAAGAUCUCGGGAUAUUUUACUACAGAGGAAAUUUGUUCCCCACUUGGAUGAUAGCACUGCAGAAGCUUACACAUCUAACGCUUGCUGAUUGUGACAAAUGCAGUGUUCUUUCCAGUCUUGGAGAACUUUCAUCCCUUGAAUCACUUAAAAUAAUCAAUAUGCCCGGUAUAAAGAAGGUGGUGGAUUCUGAAUUUCUGAGAACAGGAUCAACUGGUGCAUUUCCAAAGCUUAAAACACUUUCCUUCCAGAAGCUGGAUAAUUGGGAAGAGUGGGUUGGACUAGGUGAUGAUGGCGUCCAAGCAAAUUUUAUGCCUUUGCUUUCUUCUCUGUCAAUCGUAAACUGCAGAAAGCUAGAGGCAAUUCCUGGCUACCUAAAGCUGAAGAAAGAUGAGAAGCCUGGGUUUCACAUUAACAUUAAAAAAUGUCCUUCUCUCGAGCAAACACAGUAUGAGUAAUGAAAUAGAAGAACAUUUUCCACUGCACAAAGGAAUCAUGUGAAGAUGUCUAGUCAAGCGUGGAAUCUAGUAGACGGGGAAGUGCUUAUUCAAGCUUUCUGGUUUUUAUAAUAAAGGUCCAGUUUACACAAAUAAAAUUGUUGCCUGUUGCCUGUUGCCUGUUGAGCUACUUCGGAUUUGGGAAACAUUUUGUUUAAUGUCUAUUAAACUAUGAGUGUCCUUGUGUCUUUGCAUCACUAUUUGCUUAGUUUGCUUUUUUUUGUUUCCCUUUCGGUUUCACUCUAUUUGUUUGGAUAGUUUCAUGUUUCAGUUGACAAACACUACUUAUGCUCUGAACACUUCUAUUGUUGACUCAUAUAUGGUCGGAGAUUGGAAUACUACUGUUGUGUAGCAUUUUGCCAUUUUCGGCUUUUUUAAACAUGUAUCAUGUAUGCUUAGGGUAUAACCGUAU